AUGGUAGCACAUGCAUUAUCGCUGCAUUGGAUUUCACGCCACGGAGUACCGAAACCCGUUUUGCUCGGCUUACGAGCUGCUUGGAAGGACGACAUCCAGGCGACCCUGGCUGAAUUAGUGUACGGUGAGCCAAUUCGUUUGCCUGGUGAGUUACUCACUCCCAGUAAUAAAACUACACCUCAUCACAUUGUCAAUACUAUAAAACGUUAUUUUAAUUCAUUGGCACCGGCCGAAAUGUCGCGUCACGGCAAGCAUUCUGUUUUCUGUUUCGGGAACCUCAGUACUUGCAGUCAUGUACUGGUACGAAAUGACCAGGUUGGACCAUCUUUCACAGCGCCAUACGAAGGUCCAUAUCGUGUAAUAACACGACACGACAAAUACUUCAUCGUCAAUUUCCGUGGACAAAUCGCUAUUUCAGUGGACAGAUUGAAGCCGGUUUACGAGGCGAAUCCAAUUGACUCGAUGAUGACGAUAGCAAACUCCUCGCUGAAUAACACAGCAACCGAGACCCAAAAACGCCAAGUGCGGUUUAAUAUCUAA